AUAUAUGUAAAUAACUUGUUAAUCAAAUUUGAGACUUUGUGUACAUAAGAUUAUUAGUCAAUAAAUGAAUUGAGAGGAGCUAUUAUACUUCUAAAGUUUUACCAUGGUAUCAAAAAUGUGAAUGUAACUAGAAAAACUCGACUAUUACGUGGAAAAUUUGAGUAAUUCGGCGUCAGAACGCACUUAUUUGAUCUUUUCUCUGAUGGCAUUGCAUGCUUUACUAAAAAAACGAAUAUUCAAACGUUUCUACCAAUCAUCUAGUCAAUGUUGGAUUGCGACGGUCUUGUAGAGGCAUUAUUUAUCUGUUAUAUUGAAAAUUAAUGAGAACGCACAAAAUGCUCUGUUUUUUAACUGUAUAAAUACCAUCACUAAUUGUAUCUGAACCAUCACAUCACCUUCACCUUCAACAUCAAACACAAAUCAAUGGCAAGUAUCAAGGUUUUCGGACACGCUACUACCACUUCCACCAGGAGAGUCCUCCUCGCUCUACACGAGAAAAACCUCGACUAUGAGCUCGUCAAUGUCGAGCUCAAGGACGGUGAGCAGAAAGAGCCUUUCCUAUCCCGCAACCCUUUUGGUCAAGUUCCAGCCUUUGAAGAUGGAGACCUCAAGCUCUUUGAAUCAAGAGCUAUUACUCAGUACAUAGCUCACCGAUACGAAGACCAAGGAACCAAUCUCCUCCCAGCUGACUCCAAGAACAUAGCCCAAUAUGCAACAAUGUCCAUUGGCAUGGAAGUAGAAGCUCACCAGUUCGACCCAGCAGCUUCAAAGCUUGCUUGGGAACAAUUGUUCAAGCACAUCUAUGGCUUGACCACGGACCAAGCCGUUGUUGCAGAACAAGAGGCUAAGUUAGCCAAGGUCCUUGAUGUCUACGAGGCUAGGCUGAAGGAGUUCAAGUAUCUGGCUGGUGAAACUUUUACUUUGACCGAUCUUCACCACAUCCCUGUGAUUCAGUACCUUCUUGGAACUCCCACCAAGAAGCUCUUCACUGAGCGUCCACGAGUCAACGAGUGGGUGGCUGAGAUCACCAAGAGGCCAGCUUCCCAGAAGAUCCUUCAGUGAGAAAAAGUUCUGAAAAUGAAAACACUCUGCUUCAGUCACAAUAAUAAUGCUCGGAGUAAAUAAUAAUGCCCAGUUUCUCAGUACUCUGAUUUGUCUUUCUGGUGUGUCUCUGUUUUUAUACUCAGUUAUAUGUGAGUUUCCGUUCUUGAGAGAUCUUUGUUGAAUCAAAAACUAUAUAUCUAAUCUUCAAGCUCUUCUAUAAUAAAA